GUGUCAAUAGUCUAGAUGGACGCCCAUGACUUCUGAUCAAAAAUGAUGAAAGUAAUGCAAGUGAGCAUCAUGACAAUUAUUUUCUUGCCUGCCUACUGGUGGAAUGAGAAUAUUUCAAUUGUUGGAAAUGUUAACCCAACAAAUGUCCAGAUUGGAGAAGAUGUGAUAUUAUCCUGCCAAGUAAUGGGCUGUAGAUCCCCAGAUCUGCAAGUCCACUUACAUAAAUUGGAAGGCUCUGUAAAUAAAACUAUAUAUAUACACCAUAGCACAAAACAACCCAGAGUUCAGGGAAACAAUUCUGGAGAGACAGAUAUGAAUAGAACUCAAAAAGCAUUCUAUAUGAGCGGACAUCUUGAAGUUACUCUUUUCAAGGUGAAAGCAACAGACACUGGACUAUAUGUGUGUGCCCUGAAAUGUGGAGAUGUCUACAAAGAAAAUACCAUGGAGAUGAUAUUGGGGGGUAUAAUUAAUUCUUCAGUAGGGGAAGAAGUCAUUCUGUCAUGCCCACUUAUUGUGCCACAUGACCCAUCCUAUCUGAAGAUGCAGUGGAGAAAAGUUAGCCUUUGAGCCAGAUGAUCUAUUCUUACCUGUUCCAGAACACCAGCCCAGUGACUUACUCUGAGGACACUCAUGGUGACAGGUGUACAUCUUCAAAUGGACCCAGCAGUAGAGUUUCAUUUGGGAAUGAAUACAGGCAAAAAGCAGAAGUUUUCAAAGGCAAUGAAUUCAGGAACAAAGGUGGUUAUCUGAAACUAAAGAACAUUCAGAAGGAGGAUGCUGGGAAGUAUUUAUGUUUAGUGAAGUCCAAUUUGCUUCACAAACAUGUUACCUUCCAGCUUUUUGUAAAAGGGAUCCAAGACCAGGAUGCUGACACCUCAGUGUUCUACUUUUCUGUGCUUCCUUAUCUGCUCAGCUCACUCUUGCUGGAACUGUGUUUUGUAAAAAUUACUGGCCGACAUCAAAAAGAAAAGGAAGAACUCCAGAACUGUGAAGUUGAUUACCUGGAUGAGGAGACAUGCCAGUGGCAGAUAAAUAAGGAAGAACUUCAAAAACUUCACAGAGAAAUUAAUAAUCUUAAUGAGGAAAAGUACCAAUGGCAGAUAAACAAGGAAGAAUUUCAAAAACUUCACAAAGAAGUUGAAUGGAGAAGAGCUUGUAGCAAUGCAGAUAGCAUCACUCUAGAUGCAGACUCAGCUCACCCCAACAUCUUCAUUGCUGUUGAUAACAAAAGCUUCACCUACAAAGCUCAGGAUGUCUCAUUUUCACCUAAUCCUCAACGUUUCGAUGGGAUUGUGUCUGUCUUGGGCAGUGAAGGAUUCUCCUCCGGAAACCAUUACUGGACAGUGGAGACUGGCGGAAGUACUGAAUGGGACCUGGGAGUGGCCAGAAGAUCAAUACAGAGGAAAGGGCAAAUUUUAUUGUCACCAAAAGAGGGGUUUUGGGUACUGGGGAGGAGUGGAAAAGAUUACUGGGCAAAGACAAAACCUUGGACAAGAAUCAUAGUUCAAAGAAAGCUCAGCAAAAUUGGUGUUUAUCUCAGUUUCCAACAGAAGGAGGUGACUUUUUUCAAUAUUGUUGAUAUGUCUGUGGUGUUUAAAUUUAGAGACUGUGCAUUCUCAGAAGAAAUAUUUCCAUUCUUUAAAAACAAAGACCAAGGAACAACUGUGAAACUCUGCACUGUAAAAGAGGAGAAAGCUUAG